UUGCGAGCUCACAAAAGCUAUGAUGAAAACAAAAGUGCAAAAACAAAGUUAAGUGUCUUGUAAUUUUUCAAUUUUUUAGAAUAAAUUAGUGAAAUUUGAGUUAUUAAACGCAAAAUGAAAACUAACUUUGUACCUAGAGUCAAUCAACUUGACUCCAUUCAGUUGGAUAACGAAAUCGUCAACAUCCUCAAGGAGCAAGUUUACAGCAUUUUACGGAAUCUUCCGCCUGGCCUUCUGAGCCGCUUCCAGCCGGAAAUCAACCUACUUACGAACUCUGCCCUGUGGAAUUUCUCCAUCCGGAAGUCGUUUGCUACUUUCGGCCAGCAAAUGCUUUCGAUUAGUUACGAGAAAGAACAGCUCGGUUCCGGAAAGCUGAAAGCCCACUACGCUUUGACCGUAGCCUUGGCUUAUCUGAAGGAACUGAUUCAGUUCCGGUUGACGGGUGUUACCUUCCUACAGCGGAUGAUUACGAUUGUGGAAAACUGCUUGACUUGUUUGAACUUUAUUAAUUUCUUCCGGUUCUUGCGGACUGGCCGGAAACCUUCCCUAGUGGAUUUCAUUCUUCGGCUGGAUCACCGGUCAAUCGAUGGAGCCAAGCGGAGAACCAUUGGCUAUUCGUACAUGACGAGGGAACUGAUUUGGGCGGGAUUUAUGGAACUGCUGGGAUUCACCAUUCCAAUUGUUAACUAUCAUGCCUUAAAGCGUCGGUUGAGGAAUAUGCUGAAAUUGGAAAGCGGAUCACGGGAAGCGAAAAAGAUUGAGCUCGAAACCGGCAGUAGAUGCGUUUACUGCAACGAAAGAGUAACGCUGCCACAUCAUAUGGGAUGUGGGCAUGUUUUUUGCUACUACUGCCUUCAGGGCAACUUGCUGGCGGAUUCCGGAUUUCAGUGCAACGUUUGUGACUUCAAAAGUGGCAUUUUUGAGAGAGUCGUUACUGCAGGAUAGAAUUAAAUUAGGUUCAUAAUUAUUUUCAAUUAUACAGGGCAGGUUACCUUUGAAUGUUGUUGAUGUAGUUUGUAGGUUGAGGCAAUAGAUUUUUUACAUUUUUAAAUUUUA